UUGAACAAGUAAGAAGGCAGAAGAUGGAGGUUAGGAAGAAGAUAUAAUUGAAUGUUCAGAGCAAGCUGUUCCCCCACUGGGUGGUGUAUUAUUGAAUGUGUGAAUGAAAUAGUAACAUGAUGGCAAAAGAAUCAUCAUCAACAUCAACAUCAACAUCAACCCCUCUCCUCUCCAGCACUAACCCUUCUUCCACCACUUUCACUUCCCGCAUUCUCCUCUUGGUCGCCUCCAUGUUCCUCCUCGCAGCCUUCGUUCUCGCCCUCUACUUCUCCUCCCCAACGUCGUCGUCGCCGUCGCCGCCACGCGCCAAGCUCCCCCACCCGGUGGUGAUCCUCAUUUCCUCCGACGGCUUCCGAUUCGGGUACCAGUUCAAGACCCCCGCUCCCAACAUCCAGCGUCUGAUAAAAAACGGCACCGAGGCCGAGACCGGACUCAUCCCUGUCUUUCCCACCCUCACCUUCCCCAACCACUACUCCAUCGUCACCGGGCUCUACCCUCCCCACCACGGCAUCGUCAACAACGUCUUCUUCGACCCCCUCACCGGCGAGAAGUUCACCAUGCAAUCCCACCAACCCAAGUGGUGGCUCGCCCAGCCCCUCUGGGAGACCGUCCUCCUCCACAACCUCUCCGCCGCCACCUACUUCUGGCCCGGCUCCGAGGUACCCAAAGGCCCCUGGACUUGCCCUAAAGCCUUUUGCCAGCCCUACAACGAAUCCGUCCCCUUUCAGGACAGAGUAGACACUGUUCUCAGCUAUUUCGAUUUACCCUCUCAUCAAGUUCCUUCCUUUAUUACGCUCUAUUUUGAAGACCCUGAUCAUCAGGGUCACCAGGUUGGCCCUGAUGAUUCUCAAAUCACUCAAGCCGUUGCGGAAAUUGAUGCCAUUGUGGGGAGACUCAUUCAGGGUUUGGAACAAAGAGGUGUUUUUCAGGAUGUUCACCUUAUCAUGGUCGGUGACCAUGGCAUGGUUGGUACCUGCGAUAAAAAGCUUGUCUUUUUGGAUGAUUUGGCUCCUUGGAUCCAGAUUCCACGAGAUUGGGUCCAGUAUUUGACUCCAAUACUCUCGAUUCGUCCUCCUCCUUCAGUUGAUCCGGCACACGUUGUUGCUAAGAUGAAUGAAGGGUUGAAUUCGGGGAAAGUUGAGAAUGGGGCCAAAUUGAGGGUUUAUUUAAAGGAAGAUUUGCCGAGGAGGCUUCACUAUUCGGCAAGUGAUCGGAUUCCGCCCAUAAUUGGUUUGGCUGAUGAGGGUUUUAAGGUUGAGCAGAACCGAACGGGGGAGAAGGAGUGUGGCGGUGCACAUGGUUAUGACAACGCGUUUUUCUCCAUGAGGACUAUAUUUAUUGGACAUGGUCCUAGGUUUGCUAGAGGGAAGAAGAUACCCUCCUUUGAGAAUGUUGAGAUUUAUAAUUUGGUUACUUCCAUUCUUGACAUUAAGGGUGCGCCUAAUAAUGGCUCUACCUCAUUUCCGGAUUCUGUUCUCCUGCCUGUUGCAUGAAUAAAAGGGACAAAAUUUAGUUGUCUAGGGAUUUUUGGUGUAUUUUUUUUUUCAUAUAAUUAGAAUGGGAGUUUUAUUUUAGUAAUCCAUGAUUACCUUUUUAAUGCAAAAAACUUUUAUUACACGGAUUAUUGAGAUGAAACUCCAUUUCUGAUUGAAAAAUAGCACUAAAAGUACCUAUGGAACUUUGUCCCAACUCCUAAAUAAAACUGUUUGAUGGCCAAGCAAGCUGGAUGAGACGGUUGUAGAAGGAAUAGGUGUAUAAUGUAUUCGUAUUGUUUCCUUGGCUUAAAAUAAUUUUAGUUUGAAUUGCUGUAGUUUUUCAUAUCCUUACUGCAUAAUUUCACUGACACAUUGCUUCUGUUUUGCA